AUGCGCUCAUAUGUUAUCGUUCUCUGGAAUAUCUUGUUUCUUGCUCCGCACGUGUUAUCUCUACGCUCAACACUCAAACCAAAAUACCUAAUUUAUACCGUCAAUGAAAACGAGGGUUUUAACCUACGACGCGAUGUGUAUGUGCGAGUAGCUAACCUAAUAAGGAAUUUCAGCAAUUACAACUGGACACUCGUCUUACCACCCUGGGGUCAGACAUUUCAUUGGAGGCAACAAAACUCUUCUGUCCAUCGUGCACAGCCUUGGUCAACGUUUUUCAACGUUGAAUCCCUUAAAUUACUCAUUCCAGUCAUCGAGUAUGACGAGUUUCUACAACAGGCAACAGCGGAUGCGAAGAAACCCUCACUAGACGUGGCUUUCCUAGUGAAGCAAUUCGAUCUCUCGCAGACGCAACGAGGCAUUCGGUUGGAGACACCGAAAGCAGUGUCUGAUGCCAACGGAUAUACAAACUUCAUGUGUGACGACGAUCAAAUUAUCUCCAACAUCGGGUGGACUCCGGACAACGUGACGCAUGUGUACUUUGACACAGCAACAAAUGAAUCGGCCCUAGUGACGGACGCUCUCCAUUGUUUGCAUGGCGCCCUAUAUGCUGUGGAAUUGGCGGGCUUCCUUUCCUUUUACAUCGAAGAGCAUCCCGAAACCUCGUUCAUUUAUAUCGGAGAGGCGGAAAAUUUGAUCAGCGGUGUGUGGAGCGAAUGGAGCGAACAGUACUGGACAGCCCGUCGCAGCAUGGAGUUCGCCCACCAUCUCAUCAGCCUUGGGGACACCUUUCGGCGCGCCGUACUCAAUUCGGAGGACGAUGAGGACAGAACGGUACCCCCGCCCUCCUGGCUCUACCAGCCCUGGCCUCGCAGUCCUGCGCGCGGCGGGCCCUACCUGGGCCUGCACUGGCGUCGUGGCGACUUCCCCCACUCUACCUCCCCCUUGACAGCGGCCAUGCAGACUCUCCAGGCUAUUCAACGACGCGCUGAGGAGAUGCGUCUACCCGCUGGCCAGACUUUGCCUAUCUUCCUUGCCACUGAUGCUGAUUCCGAGGACAUCAUCCAGUUGGAACAAUUGCUGAGUCCUCACAAGGUGUACCGUUUCACACCCGAGAUGUCGAUGGACGACAACCUUCUGCCAGGCGAGUUGGCGAUCAUCGACCAAUGGAUUUGUGCCCAUGCUCGGCUCUUUGUCGGUUCAGUCCCGUCCACCUUCACCUUCCGAAUAGCCGAGGAGCGUGAAAUCAUGAGCUUCCCUGCGGCUUUCACCUUCAACAGCCUCUGCCCAGUUGAAGGCGCUGAUGUGGUGAUGUUGGAGGAUCAAAGAGUGCCCUCCGAGUGCGAAGGUCUCACGCCCUGGUCGAUUGUCCUCGAGCCGCGCUACACUAUCAACAUCUCGACAACUCUUAUCAAGACUGAACUCUGA